AGUGAUAUGCACUAUCAUUGAGGGGGCAGAUCGGAAAUUCCAGUAUUUCGUAACCUUCUCGAAUCCAGAAACUCGAAACCCUAAUCUAACCCUAACAUUGGCACCAGGUACAGACCCACCAAUCUCCGCAUCUCACAAUCCCUCACAUCUUCUUGUUCUCCUCCUAACUUUCUUAUCGAUUCUACUUCUUCAUAUAAUUUAUAUAUUUAUUUGAAAUUUUGAUGCCGAUACGAGAUGCCUCCGAAGCAAUCAAAAGCUGAUGUAGCGAAGAAGCAGAAGGUUGUAGAAGACAAAACUUUCGGUCUCAAGAACAAAAACAAGAGCAAAGCAGUUCAGAAAUAUGUGCAGAAUCUUAAGUCUUCCGUGCAGCCCAAAUCCGACCCCAAAGUCGAUGCAAAGAAAAAGAGGGAGGAAGAGAAGGCUAAAGAGAAGGAGCUGAAUGAUUUGUUCAAAAUUGCUGUCAGUCAGCCUAAAGUCCCCGCUGGUGUCGAUCCAAAGUCUAUAUUAUGUGAGUUUUUUAAAGUGGGUCAGUGUGCUAAAGGCUUUAAGUGCAAAUUUUCCCAUGAUUUGAAUGUUCAGAGGAAAGGAGAAAAGAUUGACAUAUAUAGUGAUAAGCGCGAUGAUGAUACAAUGGAGGAAUGGGAUCAAGCGACAUUGGAGAAAGUGGUGGAGUCAAAGCAAAAUGAGUAUAAUCAGAACAAACCAACUGACAUUGUAUGUAAACACUUUUUGGAUGCGGUUGAGAGGAAGCAAUAUGGUUGGUUUUGGGCAUGUCCCAAUGGCGGUAAGAAUUGUAUCUAUAGACAUGCACUUCCACCUGGGUAUAUUUUAAAAUCCCAAAUGAAGGCUUUGUUGGAGGAAGAAUCUGAUAAAAUGCCUAUUGAGGAAGAGAUUGAAAAGCAGCGUGCCCAAGUGAAAACUACAACCCCUAUGUCUACCGAGUUGUUUCUCCAAUGGAAGAAGAAAAAGAUGGAUGAGAGAGAGGCUAGUUUGGCUGCCCAACAGGCAGAGAGGGCUAAGAAUGACCGUAUGAGUGGGCGUGAGCUGUUUCUGUCAGAUGCUAGCUUGUUUGUGGAUGAUGCUGAAGCAUAUGAUAAGUACCAUAGACAACCUGAAUCUGAUGAAACUGAACAGAAUGGGUCUGGGAGUGCCGCAAAUAAUGGUCCUAGCACCUCAGCAACAGGUGGUGCUGAUGAUGAACUUCCUGAUGAUAUUGACGACGAUGAUGAACUGGACUUGGAUGAGUUGGAUGAAUUGGAAGCUAGUUUAGCCAAGACAUCAAUCCAAAUUAAGGAAGCUGAAGCUUAAUCCCGAGAAAUAAUCUCGAUCUUGAUGUGAUAUUUUUAUGCAUCUGCUGAACAAUAUAUCAUUUGCUUCUAGCCAUUGGCAUUCCUUCCAUUUGAGGAAGUUUUUCAUAUGAAGCCUUUGAUGAUAAUGAAAUCACUAUUUGCAGCAUUGCAUUUGGUAUGGAUGAUGACAGUUUGGUACGAUUCGGUUUUCUGUAGUUAGGUCGCUCGAUGAACCUGUGACUGUGACACUUUUGUUGUUUGAAUAUGGAUGGUCUUUGUAUAGACUAUACCUUAAUUUUGUUAUUUGAGUUUCCUCCCCUA